GGGGCGGGGCGGGCCAGGCUGGUCGGAUCAAGGGCACUUGUCGCCAGCCUACUGGGUAGGAAGUGAGCUUGCGGAGGACAGAAAGAACAGAGCAGGUGAAGGAGUGCGGUAGGCAGACAUGGGUACUGUCAAGAAGCGGAAGAAGAAGUCUGUGACCCGCAAGAGGGUCCGCACCUCGGUAAAGUCCUCGUCGGCGCCAGCAACGUCGGAAGCGAGUAGGAAGCGCCGCCGCCGGAAGCGGGCCACGGGCUACGACGGGUCGGAUGUCGGCACAGAGGCCACUGCAGAUGCCUCGAGCACGGGUGCUGCCACCGGAGCCUCGCGCUCGCGCCGCAAGAAGAAGAAGAAGCGCUCGGCGCGCUCGGGCCGGGACCGCAGCGAGGCAACGGACGGCGGUGAGGCGAGCACCAAGUCCCGCAAGAGGGUCAAGAAGCGGACUCGCAAGUCGUCCAAGGGAGGCGAUGAUGAUGCUGAUGGCGAGGAGACCGAGGUGAGCACCAAGUCUCGCAAGAGGGUCAAGAAGCGGACUCGCAAGUCGUCCAAGGGAGGCGAUGAUGAUGCUGAUGGCGAGGAGACCGAGGUGAGCACCAAGUCUCGCAAGAGGGUCAAGAAGCGGACUCGCAAGUCGUCCAAGGGAGGCGAUGAUGAUGCUGAUGGCGAGGAGACCGAGGUGAGCACCAAGUCUCGCAAGAGGGUCAAAAAGGUCAAGAAGGUCAAAAAACGGACUCGCAAGGCGUCCAAGGACAGCGUCGGGGACGAUGAUGAUGGCGAGGAGACAGAUGCCAGCUCAAAGCCGCGCAAAAAGGUCAAGAAGCGGACCCACAAGUCGUCGUCCAAGGUCGUGACCGGAAAGGGCAAGCGGCGCAAGGUCAAAAAAUCGUCCAAGACUGAGGUGGAAGCAACUGAGGCCGAAGACGGGACGAUGACAAAGGUGAAGAAGCGGACCAAGAAGCGGAGCCGCAAACGUGUCGAUAGAAGCAAGAAGACCAAGACCAAGAAGAAGAAGAAGGGCUCGAAGGACCGAGUGACGUUCAAGGACGACUACGGUUCCGAGACCGAGCCGUCUGCCUACGGCUACGGCGGCGCCGACUCGGAUGCCUACGGCGAUGACGAGUACGUGUACGGCGCCAAGUACGACGAGUCGAGCUCGCCGCGCAGUAGCACGUCGCACAAGAUGAAGAAGACGAAGAAGCGGAGCAAGAAGCGGAGCAAGAAGCGGAGCAAGAAGCGGAGCAAGAAGAGGCAGGCCGACAGCGCUGCCUCGGGCGCAACAGGAAUUCGCAAGAAGAAGAAGAAGAAAAAGACGAGCAAAAGACGAAGCGGCGCAAGCAGGAGAGCUCGCCACAGGUCUCCGAGCCAGACUCGGAACUCUGCCCUGUUUGGCGACUUUGCGUCCAUCCGUGGCAAGACCGGAAUCUACGACGAUGAUACUGCCUUGUACAACGGCGACUCGUCGUCGUCGUCGUCGUCGUCGUCAUCGUCGUCUUCGUCAACCCGGACCUCGUCGUCAGUCUUUUCCGACCGGCGCGCACUUCGUCCACAGACCGCGCCUACGUCUCGGACCGUGGUCGUCACCGACCCGUACGGCGGCUACGAUGUGUACGAUGGCGUCGGCGGCUACGGCUACGAUGGCUAUGACCACGACUACGGCCGCCUCGUCCACGGCAUGGACGACCUUGCCACCCAGCUCAACGAGAUCGGGCACGCGCUCAAGAAGUCCAAGAAGUCCAAGCACAAGUCCAAGCACAAGUCCAAGCACAAGUCCAAGUCCAAGCACAAGCACAAGCACAAGGGAAAGUCCAAGAAGGGCAAGUCCAAAAAGGGCAAGGGCAAGGGUAAGGGCAAGGGCAAGGGCAAGGGCAAGGGCAAGGGCAAGGGCAAGGGCAAGGGCAAGGGCAAGGGCAAGGGCAAGGAUAAGGGCAAGGGCAAGGGUAAGGGUGCUGUGUCGUCGUCGAACGCAAGCUCGACGGCAUCUGACAGAUCCGACGACAGCGAUGAUUCGUCGAGCAGUGCGCAGGGCAAGACCAAGGGCAAGAAGACCAAGGGCAAGAAGACCAAGGGCAAGAAGAAGACCAAGGGCAAGAAGACCAAGCGCUAGCCAUCACACUCUG